UGAUAAUCGGCGAUUAGAAGGAAUUGUCUUUGAACUGUCGGAAUGCACUUUAUCGAAAUCACUUUAGCGAUGAUGGUGACGAAAGUGCGUUUAAAUUGGGUGCAAGUAUGUUGUAUAAACCUACUCCUAAUUCAACCCCUACGUUCCGAAUAUACUUAUGGUUUCAUCAAGGUGCCUCAUCUUCAAAAUGACCAUGACAAUGACAACUUCAUAGAGAACGAAAUGGUGUACUCACCGAACUCUGCAGAUGGUGGCGACAGAGACAUCAACAGCAACUACGAUUUUUCUAUAACGGACGAAGAUAUUUUGGAUGACGACAGUGUUAACAAAGUUUCCAGGCAGAUAUCAUCAAAUUUUGAGAAUGUUAUCGAUCCAAGUUUUUUUAGAAAGAAGAAAAACCAGAUCCUUUGUCGGGUACAAAAAACUUUCCACCAUCAUAACGAAGCCGGAUACGAAUUCUUCCCCAAAUCUUACACAAGUUACACUUGUCAACCUGCUACUACAACAAAUAUAGACCCUACAGCUAUAGCUAGUCACGAUAGUUGUUUUAUAACAGGGAACAAUUGCAUUACGCUAGAGAAGGAGCAGUUAUUUUUAAAAAGAAAACAUAACAGUCAGUGUUGGUCCCAUUUUGUUGAAGUGGUUGGUGCGGGCUGUAAAUGCCUUGCCAGAAGAUACUAAUAAUUACUUAAUACAUUCAUUUAUUAUGACUAAAACCAAUUAAAAUAUAUUUAACCAAUAUAUAUUUGCUAAGGCUAUUAAUUAGUUUUAAUUUUAAUUUUCAGUACUGUAUCUAAAAUAAGUUUAUAAAACAAACAUCCUAAAAAUUCAUUAAUAUUUUCACAGCUUCCCGAAUUCACUAGAUCUUCUAAUUAAAGUUCAAAUUUUGUAAUAGUGUUGUUUAGAUUAUGCACCGAUGAUGUCGUGUUUAUGUUAAUUAUAAUUAUUUCUAUUUUUGAUGUAAAUUUGA